CUUCAUUAAUCACGCCGGAGACAAUUUAUUACUACAGAUAAGCUCCCGCCGAUCAACGGAAAAAAUGUCAGCUUCCGGCAAAAUCCGCCACAUUGUGAGGCUCCGUGAAAUGCUUCGGCAGUGGCGGAAGAAGGCCGCCGCCACCACUGCCCGCGGCCGCGUCCCGCCUGAUGUGCCGACGGGGCACGUGGCUGUCACCGUCGGCAGCAGCUGCAGGCGAUUUGUGGUGCGCGCCACGCACCUGAACCAUCCCGUCUUCGCGAAGCUUCUAGAGAAGGCGGAGGAAGAGUUCGGAUUCACGAAUUCCGGCCCGCUAUUCAUUCCCUGUGAUGAGUCGCUGUUCGAAGAAGUUCUCCGGUACCUUUCCCGGCCCCAAUCUGAUAGCGAUUCGGAUCGUCGCUUGAAUUUAGCGGCGCUUCAGCGGCCGUGCUCCGCCGGCGUUCGGAGCAGCUUGGAAAUAUGGGAUUCGCGGCCCGGCCGCCCCAUUUUGCACGGCGUCUAAUCAACCAAUUUGUUGACGAAGAGUCGGAAUUAGCUUCCUGGAGUGUUAGAUUGGCUCCUAAACUAAUCGAUUUCGAUUUUAGUGUUUCUUCAUUUGUGUUAUUUAGUUUAAUAUUUAUUUGAUUUUUCACAGUAAAUGCCAAAUCUCAUCCGGAAUAUGGCCGGAGAUGGCUAUGAAGUCGUCCCAUUUUCGGCUUUUAAAGCUACAUCACAACUUCAUGAAUGGAACCUUUUUUGUCUUCUCCAUUUACAAAAAAUAUAUAUUAUGAUCAUAAUAUUUUGAAUAUGUUGAAGAAUCUACCUCUUCCG